CCUACCCAUGGCGAGUCACGCUUUGAUUCGGGGUUCGCCUUGUGUCAGUCUUUUGGUGUUGGCCAAGCCAGGAGUGUGUGCUGUCUGCAGGCUUGUGUCCCAUGCGGAGGCAAAUUCCCCUCCAGCAAGGGCAGCUCCAUUCCAGGCCCCUGGAAAACCAUUUUCAAGCACUGGGCUGUGCCCAGACCCACAGCUCCGGGCAGCCCCAAAGGCCAUUGCCCUCAGCCUGCCCUGCGUUGGCAGCACUGCCCAGGACUGGGAGCAGCCACGGGACUGAGAGUGUGAACUGGAAAAGGGGCCAGUGCCUCCUCCAGGUCAGGGUGCAAAGUGUGCAGCCAAAGGGCCUGGUGGGGGGAGGAGAAGGGGGAGGAAGAAAGUGCUGUCCCAAGAGCCAACACAGUCCUCAGGGAGUGAGGAAGUACCCAACACCACAGGGCUCCACCUCAGCCUGGAUUGCUGCCCAUACGGAUUUGUUCCUGCACGAGAAGUCCUUGGGCUUCUCAUCCCAGGACAUGAAAGGAAUCUCCAGGACCCAAUGGGCCUGUCAGCAAUGAGGAAAUGAAAUGGCAGCAGGGACAGAAACCAAAACACACCCUGUGGCAUUAGGUGGGAUAGUUUGCUUUGGAGAUGAGUCUGUUAGAAAAUUACUGCCCUGUGCAGUGACUGUGGGCCUGGGGCAGUGCAGGAGCAGUAUAAAAGCAGGCCCUUCUCCUCACUCUCUCAUCCACUCCACUCGCCUCCAUCUCCUUGGGAACAAGGUGCAGCUCCAGCCCCAGACAUGUCCUGCUACACCCCGUGCCGGCCCUGCCAGCCCUGCGGCCCGACCCCGCUGGCCAACAGCUGCAAUGAGCCCUGUGUCAGGCAGUGCCAGGACUCCACUGUGGUCAUCCAGCCCUCCCCCGUGGUGGUGACCCUGCCUGGGCCCAUCCUCAGCUCCUUCCCACAGAACACCGCCGUGGGAUCCUCCACCUCCGCUGCCGUUGGCAGCAUCCUCAGCUCUCAGGGAGUGCCCAUCAACUCCGGGGGCUUUGGCCUCUCUGGCCUGGGCAGUGGCCUCUGUGGCAGGAGCUGCUUCCCCUGCUAA